AAAGAAUAUCUAAGGCUUGCCCCCAUGCACAAAGUUUUCUAGCUAUGGCCUUGAUUACUGAUAAUGUAUUUCUUGAGUUAGUAUAGCAAACAGAUUUACACCCUCUACUUCUUAUUAUUGAUUCAAAAUCCCACGCUUAUGCAUUUUCAAGAGCACGUACGAGCAGUAUAUUGAAAAACAAAAAAUGUAUAAUCCGACAAUAUAUAAUUAUUAUUUUUUACUUGAAUUUUUUAAUUGAAUAUUAUUUGUAUUGUUUUUCACACCUCGGAGUUGGAAAUGCACAAAUCUAAGGCCUGGUCUACCUGUGUUAUCACGUGAUUGGUAAAAUCCCGCCAUUAUUUGUUCUUUUCGCUCUACAGAUUCUGUAUAUGUUUCUUGUUUUUUUUUGUAAGAGGUUUUUUUCAGCCUUUUCUUAUUUUGACUAGGGCUUCAAACGAAUUCGUCAUAGUACGCCAGAGCUAUGUUUCUCCCAAUUUGACCGUCUUAAACUGUUUAAAAACGUAUUGAGCUGAAAAAUUAUGUGAAAGAAAAUGAAGCCUGCACCGGGCGAAUCUGCCCACUUAUCAACAUUUCAAGCCGAAGGCGAAGAAACUUCGUCCGAACAUUUUUUUAUUGGUUGUGUAAUUGCAAAGAAAUCUUGACUUUUGUAUCCGUAUCUCCAGAAGGGCUUGUUCUAUUGGGAAAAAAUGGAUAGCACUGAAGAUUUGUCUGUAGAAUUCAGAGAAGAGGAAUUUUAUAAAGGAAGCACCGAGGCGAAAGGGCGGGAAAUCAGAGCAAGUGUUAACCGACAAGGUCAUGGAGCCGAGAAAAAUGAGACAUCAGCGUGUAGACACACCUUAAUGAGUUCAAGCCCCACACAGUGUGUUCCAUCCUCACCUACCCACAUUACAGACACAAAAGAGUUAUCUGGACCAGCGGUGACUACAGUAGCAGAAACAAGUAGUCAAGAACUUGAAAGUGUUCCACCAACACAAGCAGGUAUCAAAACCAGUUGCAUCAUACCUCAAGAGCUACACAAAAAUGAAGAAAGUGAAUUGCCAGCAAGUGAGAAAUCAGUCUACUUGAAUGACCUUGAGGGAACUGUUGGUCAAGUUAAUAGGAAAUACAAAAGCUCUCUACAGGAUUUUGUUAGUAGUAAUAAACCAUACAAGAACUCCUAUGUGAGUACCGUUAUGCAGCGUCGUGACAUGGAUAUCACAAAAACAAAUUUUCAUCAGCACCCCACAAGUGUUUACCAAGAACCAGUUUAUCCAGGAAGUUCCAGGACAGUGCCACUAGAGAUGAACAAGUGUUUUUCUAGUCUCCCUCCUGUUAGUAGUUUCCAUAAUCAUGUAGAGCAUAGACAAUGCCAUGACACUAGGCAUUCUAGCCCACUCCAGCCAUCUAUACCAGUCAUAGACUUAACCGGCAUUCCAUGUAGUCAGGUGUCAGUGAUUAAUUAUUCACAAGCUGAUGACGGCUACAACACACCAGAAUCAAGGUCAUUUGACACUUACAACCAUCAUACAGAUGGAACCAUCCUUCCUGGAAGUAGCACCAUACCAGAUCAACAGGGUUGUGGUAACAGUCUUAUGAGAAUCCCAGCAUGUUCUGCUCCUGCUAAGGCCUCUGAUUUUGGCCAUUUCAAGAGUAGUGGUACGACAGACACAGAUGUGUCUGCUUGUCUAAGAAGCAUUAUUCCUGCCCCUGGCCUGCCUAGACAAGCGAUGUCUCCGUCACAGCUGAUGAUUAAUGGUGUUCCAUGCUUCAUUGUGGCUAUACCAAUACAGGCAGCCACUACAGUGCCCAAGCAUGAUGUUCAGGUGCCAACUAGUUGCAUCUCUGUGCUACCAAGGCAAGCAGCCAUACCUGUGCCUGAUAGUAGUAUUUCAAAUACACCCUACAAGACCCCUCCCCCAUCAAGAAGAAGAGCAAGACCUGGGGAACCACCAUCCACUCUCAUCCGGAUGUCUCCUCGAGUAUCGCCACGCACCGGCCGGCUGACACAGUAUGUGUGUGUGUCCAAAAAUGCUAGCCCCUUGGCCCCCCUACCUGGGCAAAGAGAACAGUACAUCAUUAAUCAUGGUCAUGACAGGUGGAAUGCACAGGGGGAAGACAAGGAAAGAGACCCACAAGGAAGAUCUAAACAACCUAUCUAUUUAAAAGGAGCUCAUCCUCGUGGUUUUAAGCAACGUCUACUAGGAGCCUCAAAGCAAGCCAAGCAACCACACCAGGAAAACAAAGUGCGCUUUACAUCACCUCCAGCAUGUUCCACUCCAAGACGUCUUACUGAUGAUCAUGUAAACCUAGACACUGAGAGUGAACUAGAUAUGAAAACCCAUCUAGACAAUGUUGACAUGGCAAAGACUAUGGGCCCUGUACACCAAACUGUCAUGACAAGGACUCAGGAUGCUGCGGCCCUUCAGAGUGCUACUGAUUCUUGGGGAGCUAAAGGUGGUAUGGUAAGUUAUAGGAUACAGGACCAGAAAAUAUCUGCAUGUGGAGGUAACUCACCCAACCUUCUCGACAAAACACCUGGAUCUGACAUGAAGAUACACCUAAAAGAGCCUAACUCCACGUGGCGGGAAACCAGGCUGCACAAGGCAUCAAAACAAAUAUACAAAAGACAUGGAAAACCACGCAAAAUGGCAGGUUACAAUGAGGAUCCAGUGAAAAAGCGGUUUCGAGGAAGGCGCCUCCUGCAACAGAUGCAAGAUGCAUUUUGUCAGCUGCGCUCCAUGGUACCUGACCUUCCACGGGCUAUUGGCAAGGCACGUCUUCUCCAGCAUGCUGCUGACUUUAUUUGUGACCUCAAAGAAGAUAUCGGGGAGGAGUUCUUAUCCCAGCACCCCCAAUAUGUUGAGGAGAAAGAAACAGCCAAGGGAGUCAGCCAUGACCAAGGCCUAGAGAGCGACGAUUGCGAAUUCACUUAUGACGUCAUAGACGAAGGUACCGUCGGCGAACAUGAAGCGGUGGAGAAUACGGACCCCUCGCGGGAAUAUCUAGAUAAUACAUUGAGGCUAUGCAAUCAUAAAGACACAGGCCAUUCGAGCAGCGAUGAUAACAGCCUGGCAGACCUCUCUAUGCUCAUAUCCUCGCCAGCCUUCGGCGUGCCGUGCUCCGGAGAUGCAGGCGACCUAGAAAAAUGUGGGCCGCUAUUCGUUGUCUCUCAGACAGGCACCCUUGCUCAUGAGGUCCCCGUGAGCCCUAUUGGACGGUCAGCGGACGUGAGGGAUACAGCUCGAUUCUUUGUGCCACAGUCUCCAGACGGUCAGUUUUGGUCUCUCCUUGACGAGUCUCAGUUUGAAGUCGAGGACUAUUCGCAAUCUUCUGCGUCUCAAGACGAUCCUAAUAACGCGGAUAUCAGCACGAUCUCUGAAGAAUCUCUAAGUUGUAUUGGGCUACUGGUUUCACCAUUCCAGUCGCCGCAAAUGCAUCAGACGCCAUCCUUCACCAUAAACAGAGAACUCUAUCGUUCUCACAUUGCAACUGACCCCGCGGGAGUAGUACCGGAUGUACAGUGGGGAGAAACUGGCAUGCUAUCAGUCGCUGCGUCGGUAGAGGUAACUGCUUGCAAGCCUACGAAGGCGGCUAUGAUAGGUACCUCUCUGUCCCCCAAGCCUAAGAAAAAGGACAGGACGCUUCGAAAACUACCAUCAAAGGAAAAUAUGUCUGAUGGAAAAGAUAAUCUUGAAGAUGGCAAGGAUAGCUCGAUCAGGGGCGUGCUUACUGAUUACAAUAUCAGCAUCCCCGCCCAAGAAAGGAAGCGAAAACUCGGUAGACCAAGAAAAGAUGAGCAAAACCUCGGUUCGAAAAAGAAAAACGGAGAGUCUCAAACUGCAAAGAAGCCAAGAGGACGACCUCGUAAGUACCCAAAAGGCGCAAUGCCUCUCACUGGUCCGGCAUGUGCACUAGAGCAGCCCGCUGUGCCGGUGCCAAGGCCAAGAGGUAGGCCUCGCAAGCAAGCACCCAUCCAACCUCUCCAUCCACCUGGGCCAGUGCAGUCGAAAAAGCGCUUUGGGCGACCACGCAAGCAGAGAACAAUGACCUUCGGUGCUGGGACUAUUGGUCCAGCCGCUAUUGACAAUCGCGAGACUGACACGACCGAGGAUCGAGCUGUUGUCGAUGUUUCCGAGACUGACACGACCGUGGAUCGAGCUGUUGUCGACAAUUCUAAGAUAGGCAUGAUCGUUGGUCGAGCUGCUGCUGAUAAUACCAAUACAGACAAUGAUCUGUGUGAUAUCCACAACUCCAAUGCGGUCACGGCAAUAAUUGAUCAAGCCUAUUAUGACCGCGCAUCUAUCAGCGUGUCUGGAAGAUUCCCGAGUCACGAGGAGUCCUUCAUGUCUGAUGUGGAGACUGCGACUGCCAUUGAUAGCUUGUUAAACCUCCGUGCGAACGUCACUCCCCCUGGAGCCAGUCACCCGCGAAGGUCACCUGGUCGUCCUCGCAAAAAGUGCUCCAAGGCUGUGCCAGGUUUACAUGACCAGGAUGGCAAGUUACGAGGAGAGGCAAAAAAAUUCAAGAGCCUGUAAGCAAAAGCUCCAAGACAGUUAUACCCAGACCAGGAUCGCCAUCCAGAUUUGUUUGGACUCCAAGAUUAGAGUAUAUAUAAGUCCGUUAAACACUGUAAAUUGCUGGCUCACUAAGAAAACCAUUUAAUAGAUGUAAAUCUGCGUUUUUAGUAAUAUUAAAAUGGUUGUUGGUUUUUUGAAAAAAA